CUCGAGUCGAGCCUCCUGUUUGCGACGCGUCCUCACCGUGUCCCGCGCGACCCCGCUGCGCUGCUGGGCCAGUGCCACUUCUUCUGGCUUCAAGCCUGAAGAGCAGAGCUUAUACGUUUGCGGAGUGUGCGGCCGCGGAGAUGAUGAUUUGAACGAGCAUCUCCUCCACGCAGCCACCCGCGCCUCUGGACAGAGCGAUGGCUUGGAGGGCAGGCGCCGCCAAAGGAGGGAUACCAAGGAGCCAGACGAUGGACGUGGCAUCAUCAGCGGCGCAAAUUCCAGCAAAGCAACCGCGUGGAGGCCAGAGGAAAGUCUCUGGUAACUCGCGUGGCUCCGACGACAAUGCGCCAGGAGCAGGCCACGGCGAGACCGUCCUCAUGCAGAAGUUGUCCCUGAGCGCAGCGCAGAUGGUCCGGAUGAUGCCAGGCAGCAUGUGGGAUUUCUUCCUAACCGAGGGCGGGCUAGAGCCAAUCGAGGCCGCAGCGGCAGGUGGAGCCAACUACGCCGAGGAGGUCAAGACCGAGGGCAGCAAAGUGGUGGGACCGCCCCACCUGCACAUAGGAGUGGAGUUCUUCCCGGGGAUGGCGAAGGCGCAGACGCUCGAGGGUGAAGCGACAAGGAUCAUACAAGAACUCGGGCAGCUGAUCGUGAUGGUGCCGAUGGAAGUUCGCGGACAUCCAAGCCUAUUUCAAGGUGGAGAAAGCCUACCGCGAGCCAGACCAACCCAACCGACGAGGUGGAAUAUCCACAUCGUGUUCAACCCGCUGAACUCGACGCCGUGGACCAAGAAUUGGGAGGGCGAUAGCAACCACAUCAGGCAGGGCAACACAGAGGAACUGGUUACGCUCGGGCAGCUCAGCGUUCAAGACCUCCGGGUAGCGACGCGCAGGGUAUCCAAGCUCAUGAAAGCGGAGCAGAUGCAUGGCGCAUUUCCCCCGACGGCGCUCGAGAGGUAGCUGCAGAAAGCAUUCCAAGCGCGGCAAGCAUUGGGGCAGUAAACGUGGCAGGGCCGAGAGCAAUGGCGCAAGGUGGCAGCGAGAGAGCCAGAGAGCUACUAGCGCGGCUGAGACCGCGGGAGUGAAUGAGCAGCAACUAAGCAAAUUCGUUUUUCACAAUUUCUAUACAGAUCGGCCUCACGGCCAGCGGACAACCCACGCGCGCUACUAUGAGGCGGGCUUCGCGAGCGACCCUCAACAUAGACUGAGGCUCACCGCCUUUGAACUGCUUCCCACCGCCUCCCCCUCCCUGCUUGCGUUCCUGAGGGGCCGAUGCUUCGGCUCGCCUUGGUCUUGGGAGCGUCGGCUUCUCUCUCUCUCUCUCUCCCCUCUUUCUAUCUAUACAUGUAUAUUGUAUCGUUUUUGCUUGUUUGUGUUUUUCUCUUUCUUGCGGGCCCCCCUCGUCCGAACCAUGGUGCGCUCGUAGCUUGAAGUGUUGGAG